AGCAAGCUUGUGUGAGCCGCGCGUAGUAAGAGGCGGCAGCGGCGGCGGCAGCGGGAUCGAUGGCAGUCGCUCGGCUCCGUGUGUCGGCGGCGAAUGGACUGAAAUAAGCGGCGCGGCCUCAGCCUGCGGCCUCGGGGGGAGUAGGGUGCACGGACGGGACGAAGGCGCGGAAGGCGGGCUGGACGCAGCCGGAGCCCCGUGGCCACGGUGACGAGCCCCCAGGUGGGGGUUGAGGGGGGCGGCCGCUGGAGGCAGCCGGUUUGAGCCUCUCGUUGGCUGCCCGGUUGGUGCCGAGGGUAGGCCGCGUGCCGGCGGUUCCAGUUUUCAGCAUUGAAUCUGGAAGGAGCCAUGACAGCAGGAGGGGGAACAGAUGAUGAUAUUCCAUUGGGAGAGAGGAAGACUGUUACUGAUUUUUGUUACCUACUCGAUAAAUCUAAACAGCUCUUCAAUGGCCUCAGGGAUUUACCUCAAUAUGGACAAAAACAGUGGCAGUCUUAUUUUGGGCGGACUUUUGAUGUUUACACCAAGCUUUGGAAGUUCCAACAGCAGCACAGGCAAAUCCUGGAUAAUAGAUAUGGCCUGAAGCGAUGGCAAAUUGGAGAAAUUGCUUCAAAAAUAGGACAGCUGUAUUAUCAUUAUUACUUGCGUACGUCUGAGACCAGUUAUCUUAAUGAAGCAUUUUCCUUCUACUCUGCAAUAAGGCAAAGAGCCUAUUAUUCCCAGGUCACCAAGGAAGAUAGGCCUGAGCUUGUAGUUAAAAAGCUACGAUAUUAUGCUCGAUACAUAGUAGUUUGUCUGCUGCUUAACAAAAUGGACCUUGUCAGAGAUCUUGUUAAGGAAUUGUCAGAUGAAAUUGAAGAUUAUACACAUCGCUUCAACACUGAAGACCAGCUGGAGUGGAAUCUUGUACUGCAAGAGGUGGCUGCAUUUGUUGAGGCAGAUCCUGCAAUUAUAUUAAAUGAUGACAACAGCAUUGUGGUAACCUCCAAUCGCCUGGCAGAAGGAGUUGUCCCACCUCUGGAACAAGGGAUGGUAGCUGGCCAAUUGGCAUUGGCAGAUGCACUAAUUAUUGGAAACUGCAGUAGUCAGGUUAAGUUCAGUGAAUUAACUAUUGACAUGUUCAGAAUGCUGCAGGCCCUGGAACGAGAACCUAUUAAUUUGACUUCACAAUUGGGCAAGACUGGAUCACAGGAGCCAACAGAGAAACCAUCAAAACGAGAAAAUCCACACAAAUAUUUGCUGUACAAGCCAACAUUCAGUCAACUUUACACAUUCCUUUCUGCAUCAUUUAAGGAGUUGCCUGGUAAUAGUGUUUUGCUGGUUUAUCUGUCGGCCACUGGCGUGUUUCCCACGGGUCGUUGUGAUUAUGAAGGUCCAUAUGAUUUUGGUGGAGUCCUCACCAACAAUAAUCGUGACGCAGGAAACAUGGAAGUAAUACAAAAACGCAACAAUUCAUUUAAAGAAAUGCACUGUCUUCAUCCUGGUGACUUUUUCCCUUUCACGCGGAAACCAUUGUUUUUAAUUGUCGACUCUUCAAAUAGUAUAGCAUACAAGAAUUUUAUCAACUUGUUUGGCCAGCCUUUAGUCUGCCUACUUUCCCCAACAGCAUAUCCCAAAGGUUUACAAGAUCAAACUCAACGAGGCAGUCUUUUCACCCUUUUUCUGUACAAUCCUUUGAUGGCAUUUCUCUUCAUGUGCCGACUCACAAGUAUGAGAAAAGGAUUGUGGGAUAAAUGUCAGGAAUACCUUCUGAAGAUAUACAGAGACAUAGCUCACCUGAUGACUAAAUCACGGACCGUGGAUCAGGCAUUUCUCCAGUUUUUUGGUGAUGAUUUUCUUCGAUUAUUGUUGACCCGGUUUGUUCUCUGCUCUGCAACCAUGAGACUGCACAAAAUGUUUAGGGAAACUCGGAAUUACCCAGAAACGUACCCACAGCUGCAGAAAGAAGACAGUGUGGAGAAUCCUGUUCUUCAGAAUCACAUUCUAGAACUGGCUUCCAUAUUGGACGUUCGAAACCUUUUCCUGGAAAAGACCACUGAUGAAUAUUAGAUCAAUGUUUUACUUUGAGGACACUGCUUCUGAAGAAGACUCUUCUUUGUGUUUAUGUGGAGGAUAACCGAGGCACUUCAUUUCCAAACCUUAAGUCCUUUUGGUCAAAGAAAUUUGCAGACCCUUGUUACUGCGGAAAGAUGUUGUUUCAAUAGUUGAUGCUUGUUCCAUAGUCAGAGUGUAGUAACAGUGUUGUGAAUAAACCGUUUACACACAGGACACAAGUAUAAAGAUGAUUUAUAGACAAGUAGCUAGAAGGGCAUUUACAACAAAAGCAAUAGAAGCUUUUUGACUCAUUCCGUGUAACAGUGAAACACCCAGACGUUAAGGGUGUCAUUUUAAGAGUUUUAUAAAUUAUCUCUUGGCAGCAGAUAUGUAUAAAAAAUAUCUAUCUAUAAAAUGAACAAUUGCCCGUGACAUGGUGUUCAUUUGUGUAUCUUAGUUAAUUGUGUGUUGGUUUUGGUCUUAUUAAUUCGUCCCUUUGAUAUUUUUUGGUACAAUUAUGGGGACCCAGCACACCUGCUGUAUUUUACUGCAGUUUGGACUACAUGCCCUGGAACACUGUAUACAGUUGUGCAUUGAGUAGUGAUGGUGCCCUGAGACUGAUGAGCAUGCUCUGUUAGAGAAUCACAACCAGGAGACACUCAAUAUAAAAUCCAGAAGAUUAAGGUAGGUUUGUGUCUAUAUCCGUAUUUUCUUUCUUAGCAGAAUUGCUACAGAAUGCUGUAGUGUGAUGCAAUGUGGGCCCUUUGGCCCAUUUAGUCUGUGCCAUCCAUCAGACCCCAUUAAUACUAAACUAAUUCCAUUUUUAGUUCCCUCCCAUUCCCAUCAAUAUCCCCCAGAUUCUAUCAUUCAACUACACACCAGGGUCAAUUUACAGUGGCCAGUUAACCUACUAACCUGCACAUAUUUGGAUGUUCAAGAUACUUGUGCACCCACAAAGAGGGAGAAUGUACAAACUCCACACUGGAUCUUAUUUCACUUAUUACAGGUUAAUAUGUGUACAUACAAAAUAAUUGUUUACUUUUGCAGCUAAGUAUCAUUUUAAGGUUAUGAAAGAUAAACUUAGCAAAUAUACCCCAUGUGUUUCCUCUUUGAAAGAGAAACAGUUUUAGGUGUAAAAUUACUAGCAGCUAUAAUUUAAUGUUGUGUGCCUGAAAGACUGGUAGAAAUUAGACGCUGAAAAGUGGGUUGUGUUCUCAGCACAAUAACCCUAAGCGUUCACACAGGUUAUGGUUAUUAGUGUUGUGCUGCAUAACUAACUUUUUUUUUAGCCAUAUGACGCUGCUACAUUUUUAUACGUAGAUACUUGAAAUAAACAAGGAUUUUUUGUGUCAAUGCUUUGAUAUUCAUGUUUUCCAAAUAUACUUUCUGUAUUUGCAUUAUAUAAAGGAAGUUAAUUUUCCUCAAUAGAUAUUUAAUUUGGCUGUGACAAAUAACAAUGUUAAAGAUGCUGAUUUGCUUAUGAUCCCUUUUUUUGGAAUCAUGUUAACUCAUCAUUAAUUUACUUGUCAUCUUCUGUUUUGAAGCAACUUUGGACUUGUAUUGUGUGAAAUAUCUCUGAUAUGAAUAUUUAGUGACUAUAGAUCAUGUAGAUCUGGUUUAAUAUGUUAAUGGUACAAUAUUCAGUCACUUGAAUUUGUCUUGUUAAAGUCUAAAUGUAUUUUGGCUAAAAUAUAAUUUCAAAAAAAGUAAAACAAGAAGGCAGCUUUGUUACAAUUCUUACUGGCCAAAUGACAUGAGAGCAUUGUCGUGCUGACAACGCUUUCUACUUCCAAAGUUCUAACAGUGGCCAAUAAUUAAUAUGUAAAUAAUUGCAACAGGAAGAUUGUUUCAAGUUUUUUUAAAUGAGGAUUUCUUUGUGAAUCAUGUGGUAUUCACUUGGUGCAGCCAAACCUCUGAGCUGCAGCUUAUCAAUGCGUGCAUGUAUUUGAUUUAAGUGUGAUCUUUUGCUACUAUCUUGAAGCAAAAAAAAUGCAAGAUGAAGGCCGAGUUCUAUACUUUUAGUUAUAUUUAAAGAUAAACUGAUGGCACACACUGGAGAAAAUAUUCUCACUGUCUGCAUAUUAUGUCUUGUGAUUAAAGUAGUUUAACUGUUGUACAUUUUUGUUUCUAUUGUGUGUUUGUAAUAAAUAUGUAUUACUCAAUCCUCAAACAAAAGGCACAAUAAAAAGAAAUCCAAAAGCAA